GGAUAGAGAGAGAGAGAGAGCAGCGGAACACGGAAGCAAUAGCAGAAAAAAAAGAGGAAAGAGAGGAGGUUGGUAUUCUAUUUGGUUUGAUUUAACAUCGAGCAGUGAAGAAAAUGGCGAUGAUGAUGAAGUCAAAGGGCGGUAGAUGAGGCUUAUCGGGUUAUCGGGUUUCGGAUCUGUGUCGGAUGGUAUAUCGGACUCGGAGAUGGCCGGCGAUCGACAGUAGAGGGUGGGUGCCGAGCUCGCUGAGGAUCAUUUCGUCGUGCUUGAAGACGGUCUCGUCCAACGCCGGCACCGUUGCGACCACCGUUAGAUCGGCCGGAGCUUCGGUUGCUGCUUCGAUCGCCGUCCCGGCCGAGGCUGAGAGAGACCAGGUAUUAUGGGCUGGUUUUGAUAAGCUAGAGCUUGGGCCAUCUUCCUUCAAGCAUGUUCUAUUGCUUGGUUACAUUAAUGGGUUCCAAGUACUUGAUGUUGAGGAUUCAUCUAAUGUUUGUGAAAUGGUGUCAAAGCGCGAUGGUCCUGUUACAUAUUUACAAAUGCAACCCACUCCGGCUAGGUCAGAAACAAGCGAAGGAUUUAGGACAUCACAUCCUUUGCUGUUAGUUGUUGCUGGUGAUGACACCAACGGCUCGGGUAUGGUCCAAGGUGGCCGUCUGAGUGCACUGAUCAGAGAUAAUUCUAGUGAACUUCAACCUGAAAACUGCAUUACUACUCCUACGGUUGUUCGGUUCUACUCACUAAAAUCUCAUAAUUAUGUGCACGUUCUCAGAUUCCGCUCUGCUGUGUAUAUGGUUCGAUGCAGUCCCCGCAUAGUCGCUGUUGCACUUGCUGCACAAAUUUACUGCUUUGAUGCAAAUACUCUUGAAAAUAAGUUCAGUGUGCUGACAUAUCCCUUGCAAGGAGCAGUUGGGGACAAUAUUGGCUAUGGUCCGAUGGCUGUUGGUCCAAGGUGGUUAGCUUAUGCUUCCAAUAAUCCUUUGUUGUCAAACACAGGACGCCUCAGUCCACAGAACUUGACACCAUCUCCUGGCGUUAGCCCGUCAACAUCGCCAGGAAAUGGGAGUUUAGUUGCUCGUUAUGCAAUGGAAUCAAGUAAGCAUUUGGCUGCUGGAAUACUGAAUCUUGGUGAUAUGGGAUAUAGAACCUUGUCAAAGUAUUGCCAAGAGCGUCCGCCUGAUGGUUCUACUUCUCCUUUGUCAUCAAAUUCUAGUAAGAGGUUUGGAAGGGUUCCAUCAACAAGCCAUCCAAGUGAAGCUGAUAAUGCAGGGAUGGUUGUUGUUAAAGAUUUUGUUUCCAAGGAAGUCAUUUCACAAUUUAGGGCUCAUACCAGUCCAAUAUCUGCUUUAUGUUUUGAUCCUAGUGGCACUCUUUUGGUAACCGCUUCAGUGCAUGGGCACAAUAUCAAUGUAUUCCGGAUUAUGCCAACCUGUGUACCGAAUGCUUCAGGAUCUGUACGUUAUGAUUGGGCUUCAUCCCAUGUUCAUCUUUACAAGCUGUAUCGUGGAUUAACAACCGCUGUGAUACAGGACAUCUGUUUUAGUAGUUUUAGUCAGUGGAUAGCAAUUGUUUCAUCUAGAGGUACCUGCCAUAUAUUUGUGUUGUCUCCUUUUGGCGGUGAUGCCAGUCUUCAGCAACUAAGUACUUACAGUGAUGGGCCAUCCCUCAUCCCAACUCUUACAUUGCCAUGGUGGUCAGCUUCAUCUUAUGUGAUGGAUCAACAGUUUCUCCCACCUCCAUCACCUAUGACACUUUCUGUAGUUAGCCGAAUAAAAAAUUCUAACUCUGGAUGGUUAAAUACAGUCAGCAAUGUUGCUGCCAGUGCAGCAGGAAAGGUGCCUGUACCAUCAGGUGCUAUGGCUGCUGUUUUCCACAAUUCUGUAUACCACCGUAUGCAGACAGUGCACUCUAAGGCUAAUUCGUUGGAGCAUCUUUUAAUCUACUCUCCAUCUGGUCACUUGAUUCAACACGAACUUCUACCAUCUACUGGUGCAGAGCUGACCGAUAGCAGCUCAAGAACCAGUCCUGGUUCUCUUUUGCAACUUCAAGAUGAUGAUCAUGUAAAUGCUGAACCAGUUCAAUGGUGGGAUGUCUGCAGAAGGUCCAACUGGCCUGAAAGGGAGGAAAAUAUAUCCAAAUUUCUCUUUGAUAGUCGACCCCAAGUUGAGACAGUUAUAGAUGUAUCUGACUGUGAAAAGAGUAAUGGAAGGCCACACUUGUACCUCUCCAAUGCAGAAGUGCAGGUUUACUCAGGAAGGGUUCCUAUAUGGCAAAAAUCCAAAAUAUGUUUCUAUGUGAUGGUUCCAUCUGGGGAUUCUGGGAAAUCUGCUAUUGAUUGUACCGGCGGAGAGGUGGAAAUCGAAAAGAUACCAUUACAUGAGGUUGAAAUAAGGCGAAAGGAUUUGCUGCCUGUGUUUGAGCGAUUUCACAGGCCCCAGUCAUUCUGGGGUGAAAGGGGUCAUGCUGCAAGACAAUGUGAGGCUGCAUUAUCAGACACCAGAGAUCAGUUCAUUAAGCAUUCCUCUUGUACUGACCAUUCUAAAUCAGCAUCUCUAAAAGCUGGAUCAGAUGAUGGGUUGUCGAGCACCACAGCAAAUUUUCUAGAGAUUGAUGGAGUCUAUCUGCCAGGGCUUUGUAAACCUGUUCCAAUGGAAAAACCAUUUCCCCAAGAUUCCAUCCAAAGCUCUACCCCAAUGGUUCACUGCGAAGGAGGGGAUCAAAGCAUUGUCACGAUGCCGAGCAAAUACUCUGCUGAAGAUUGCAACUCUUUUCAGUCUAAACACUCCAGUGCCAAUUCUCUCAUGGAUGGUUCGAUGAUUAAUGGAUUAUCCUCAGAAAAUACUAGUAGAUCAGUUGCUGCAGAUGCUUACUCUUCUAGCAGCAGCAUGAACAGUGAAGUCCCAAAUGCAUGCAUGUCCAACGGUCACUUGGAACACGGUGAAAAUGCCGAUUCACAUAAUUCAGUAGAGUUUCCACAAUAUUUCCAUGAAGGAUACUGUAAAGUUUCAGAAGUCGAUGAUUAUUGUGAGUCAACUGGAGCUGUUAUAGAUGCGAACAGCAGCAGCAUUCACUGUGGAAAAGAAAAACAGGAAGAAGUUGGAGACAGUGAUGACAUGCUAGGAGGUGUAUUUGCCUUCUCUGAAGAGGAUACCUGUGAAACUGGCUGAUUGGCACCUUUUGGCUUGCUGACAUACUACCGGACAAGUCUAUCCUAAGCGUGUAUGGAAUGAACUCCUUGGGAAUAAGUAUUCUGUUGGAGCCGGCUUAAUGGAAGGCAUCAAACUUGUAUUAUUAUAACAGACAUUUCUGUUUGCUUAGUGUUCAUACAUGCAAUAUAUGAAAAAAGAAAAAAAAAGAGAAAAAGAGAAGGAAAAAAAUGCAGCUAAGUCGAUGUUAUUUGUGCAUUCGAGAGGGCGGCUUCAAGCCUUGAAGGUGUCGGGUAACAUGCUAUGCUUUGGUCUCUGCCCUCAUCUCUCUUCUGUACAUUCUGUACAUGUGCAUUGUAAUUCAUGAAGUAGGUGUUAGACAUUGAAGUUAUGUUCUCUUUAGUAGAGGUGAAUUGUUCACUACUGCAUUUCCCCCUACUUUUAAGGUGAAUUAGUGUCAUGUAAUGGUUUGUACAGAAACUAAACUUCUAGUCAAGUUUCUAAGCUGGUUGAAGGCAAUGGCCUUUGAAUGCUCAAGGAAUGAAGUUGUUCUGGACUUUUUAUGUUGAUAUGCAAAAUUCUAUUAUUAUUA